UAAGCGGAGCUCGGUUUUUGAUGUUGGGUUCUGGUGUUAAAGUUGUAUGGGUUUAUGUAUACCAAGCUUUGAUGAGAGGACAUUUAGCUGUACGCAUGCUGUUUGUGCUGGUGUACAGAUCGCCUGUCUGACUCUGUCUGGCCGAUUGACUGAAAUCUCGUUGAAAGUUUAAAACCAAAGCGAAGAGUGGCUUGGAGAUCGACCGACAAUCAAUUUGUACACCCUAUCAGAUAAAAAUAUCUUGCAGUCGACAAAAUCACCACUGGCACAUUUCGAAACCCUCUCUUCUACUUCUUCUUCUUCUACUUCUUCUCCAAAAAGCAGCACCACACUCGCCAGCCUGCGAUUGUUUAGGAGAUCGAUAUCUAGCAUAAUCAUAUAAAUAUUUACUCUGCAGCAUCCUCCUCCUCCAGCUAAUCAUCAUAUUAUUUACUUGCUUGAUUUCCUUCGUAGACUAGUCGUCUCAUCAGCAGUCCUUGUGAGCCAGUAUGAUUAGUCAUCAGCUGGGUGCUACUCCUUCCUCCAGCAAGAAGGCCCUCUGCUAUCCGCUCGGCCUUGAUCGACGACUGCAGCUCAGCUCGAGUACCAUGUCCGCCUGUUCUCGGCUCCCCUCAGAGUUACUCGUCGAGAUCUUCAACUGGCUGCCCCCCUUGUCUCACUCCUCCGAUCGCUUGUCGGUCUGUUCCGUCUGUCGCUCGUGGUUAGGCCCUGCUCAGAUAGUACUCUGGCGUUCACUCUGGCUACGUAGUUCAAGCUCGGUCAGCUCCCUGGCCGAGACCGUCAACCAGAAACCUGAAUUGGCCAAAUUACCCCGGGCACUCCAUUUCUCGACUGGCGACAACGAGUAUCUCGCCGAACUCGACGCCGAUGCCGUCUUUACGACCAUGGAACGAUUGGUCAACCUCGAGCAGUUUCACGUCCUCGUUAACUAUUGCAUGGGUGAUCUGUAUGAUUCAUUAUGCGAGGAGCUCCUCGGCUCCCCUGUCAAGCACAUCGUCUUAGGAGCCGAUGAGGGCAUAAGCAGAAGCCAUGUCCAAGCCUCAAUGCGUUUCGAACGACUCGAAUAUCUUGAGUUGCUCAGGUUGGGCGACUUGGGUGACUUGAGAUCCCUCGAGCUCGAGUGGGUUUUUUCAGAAUCACUCGUCGAGCUCGUGCUCAUCCAGCCAGACUUGCCAGGUGAUGCUCUCCGCUUCUUGUUGUCGCACGUCAAAGGAACCUUGAGACGUCUAAAAAUCCAUUUCGGACAUCUCAUCGCUGACAACGCCGAAGAAGGCAGUACCACCCGAAUCACCGAGGAAGAUUUGGAAACUGCCUUGAUGGAGUCAGGAACAGAUCUGAGGCACUUGGAGCUUUGUUGGCCUUAUUCUACAAGGCCCUUCUUGAACGAGGCCGUCAAAGGUCUCUUUUCGUUAGAAGACAUGUAUAUCUCUGGAGGAAUCUGCGAUCCUGGAUUGAUUGAUUUGAAUUGCCAAUCUAAGCUGGAAAGGAUAUCAUUUGAUCUGCGAACUGGCACCGAGCCACCCAAGUCUAUAUGCCGACUGGUUGAGCCUAGCGCUCGACGUUCAAACCUGACUAAGUAUCAUGUUCGAACAUUUUUCGAUGACCCUUCUUGGGAGCAAUCGGUUCUCAAGAUGGUAGAAAUGAGGGAUCAGGAUCAAGAUAUUCCACUAACUGACUGGUCCAAGGAGUGCAUCGAAAAUUGGCAGAAGCUCUCCAAGAAACUUGAGGCCAGCGGAAUCAAAUUAACAGCCGAUUUUUUCUAAGAAGCUCAAACCCUAUUUUGCCGAUUGCUUCUUUCAACAAGGCAAUGUACAAUCCAGGCGCUUGUCACAGUAAUUUCCAGUCAGGAGUCAACUCCUUUUCUUAGAUUUUCAGCGACCAAUUCAGUAUUCGGAGAGUUCCCAAAUCAUCCUCCCCUGCCAAAGUCUGGUCGACCUCAAGUAAACAUUUACACGGAGUUUCUUUAUUUCUUUUCUUUUCUUUAUUUCUUUUUUCUUUUGGUUUUUGAUAUUUGGCUGAAAUCGGACCUCCAAGUUUGAAAAUUCAACCGGACCUGCAUUUCUCAGCGCUUAUCCUGUGUUAGUUUGCACCUUGCCUUGUACUACUUCUUGAAUUGAAUACCGAUUGUCAAUUUGUUGCUACAUUUAAAUUCAUCCAUUUUCUUCCUAUCCUUAUAUCUCUUUUAUCCCAUCUUUCGGCUUGACUCAUAAUACAUGAAAACCAAAACUUGGUUCAAAACAUCUACAUAUGUCAUGGUUUCUGUAUCAGUUGCUGUUUGUCGUAUCACUUCUUGGUCAAAUUUGUUCAGUAAUUAAUAGUUUUCCUACUCUUCCACCCUUGAUACAAUAUAUUUCUG